CACGCAUCGUCUCCUACCUAGACAUCAACUCCUCCAUUGUCACUCAAUUCUUUACCAGUUGCGCGACCUCGUCUGGCCCACGUCGAAUCAAGUCCCAAGUACGGCACGAUUAGCCAAGAUGGAGCCUCUACACAGGAACCCGCCUGAUCAAGGCCCUCCCUGAUGGAAUCGAUCAAUAUCGCGAAUGAACUCGCGAAUGAUGACAAGACUACGCGCAUGGCGCUUGCGCCCAACGUAAACGACAGACUGCCUACCUUGGAGGGUCCACCGAAUCGCGCGGGCAGGCUGCAGCAGGCCUGGAAGAGCUUUGAGAGACAGCUGGUCGCGUACAACCUCGAAGCGCGCGGUAUACAGCGUGUUGAGACGGACGAGCGACAGGAUUUGCGCGCGCUGGGAUACUCGCAGGUUGCUAUCAUGUGGUUCUCGGUCAAUCUAGCUGCUAACAACAUCACGCUGGGCAUGCUGGGUCCGGCGGUCUUUGCGCUGGGCUUUGUCGACAGCUGUCUGCUAAGUGUGUUUGGUGCGCUUGUGGGGUCGAUGGUUGUUGCGUAUAUUGCGACGUUUGGACCGAAGAGCGGAAAUAGGACGAUGAUCUUCUCGAGGUAUAGCAUGGGAUGGUGGCCCUCCAAGAUUGUGGUCAUUCUGAACAUCAUUGUCUUGCUUGGAUACGGUAUGAUUGACUGCGUUGUGGCUGGUCAGAUUCUAUCCGCGGUCUCAGGCAACACCAUGUCUGUCGUGGUGGGCAUCAUCAUUGUUGCAGUCAUUGCAUGGGUCAUUACGACCUUCGGUUACCAGAUCUUCCACUACUACGAGCGCUGGGCGUGGCUACCGCAACUCAUUGUGCUCUGCAUUCUAGCCGGUGUUGCAGGACCACAGUUUAAUAUCUCUGCCGCAUCCCACGGCGACGAGAACCCGGACACUAUCAUCGGCAACAGGAUCAGCUUCUUUGGUCUCACGCUUGCUGCAGCCAUCACCUACGGCGGCGGAGCGGCAGACUACUUCGUAUACUAUCCCGAGCACGCCUCCUCCCUCAGGAUCUUCGGCAUGACCCUUUUUGGCCUGAGCUGCAGCUUCACCUUCGCCUUCGUCCUAGGCAUCGGUCUCGCCUGCGGCAUGCUAAUCAACACCGACUGGGAAGCUGCAUACGGCACCUCACAAGGCGCACUCAUUAUUGAAGCCUACCGUCCCCUUGGCGCAUUUGGCUCCUUCUGUGGUGUCGUAGUCGCCCUCGGCCUCGUCGCCAAUCUCAUCGUACCAACCUAUUCUUCCGGCAUCGACGCGCAAAUCCUCGGUCGCUGGGCCGGCGCCGUGCCUCGUGUGAUCUGGAACACAGUUGGCGUUAUCAUCUACACCGUCUGCGCGCUCGUCGGGCGUGCCCAUCUUGCUGAAAUCUUUACCAAUUUCCUUGCCCUGAUGGGGUACUGGGUGUCUAUCUGGAUCGCCAUCGUGCUUGAGGAGCACCUCAUUUUCCGUCGUAAGACGGGCUGGAACUGGGAUGUGUGGAACCAGCAGAAGAAGCUGCCCCUGGGCAUUGCGGCGUUGGUUGCGUUUGUUGUGGGCUGGGUUGGCGCAAUUCUUUGCAUGGCGCAGGUGUGGUACUAUGGGCCGAUUGCGCUGCUGGUGGGUACUUAUGGGGCGGAUAUGGGGAACUAUGUAGGGUUUGCGUGGGCUGCGCUGGUGUAUCCUCCUUUGAGGAUGUUGGAGAUCAAGAGGUUCGGCAGGUGAACGAUGAGUAGGGAUUUCUGGAGCUCGUCAGUGUAGAUGCGCUGCCCGUCCACGGCAGUAGUGCUCACUGUGGUCAGCGCAUUGAUCUGCUCUCAGCAUUGUCUCUGCUUGAAACUGUACACGAUCAAGUGUCCUGCGUUCCUAGUAAGUCAGGACGUUUACAGCUCAGCAUGCAUUCCUUCACUUCAAAUUUCCCUUUCAUCCGAGGCGUUUUGUGUUCUCUUUUCUCUCUCUCACCGCGACUUCCGCUUCUUCCUAGCCAGGCUUGGCAGUGCGUGCCUUCACUGCGACUCCCAGUUC